CCCUGAAAGUCCGGAUCAUGCAGAAAAGUGUGCGCUGCAACGAGGGCCACGCUCUGUACCUUGCCCACCUGGCCCGCAAGGAGGGCACCAAGAGGGGCACACUCUGCAAGAAGGCGGCCGAGACCAACAAGUGGCACGACAAGUGGUUCGCCCUCUUCCAGAAUGUCCUCUUCUACUUCGAGAGCGAUCAGAGUACCAGACCCUCAGGAUUGUACAUGCUGGAGGGGUGCAGCUGUGACCGGGUCCCCCCACCCAUAGUGGGCACUGGGGGCAAGGAAACCAUGGAGAAGCAGCAUUAUUUUACUGUGACCUUCGGCCAUGAUGCUCAAAAGCCAUUGGAGCUGCGAUGUGAGGAGGAGACAGAUAGCUACGAGUGGGUGGAUGCAAUUCACCAAGCAAGCUAUUCAGACAUCCUGUUAGAGAGAGAGGUCCUGAUGCAGAAGUACAUUCACUUGGUACAGAUUGUGGAAACAGAAAAAAUUGCUGCUAAUCAGCUGCGACAACAGCUUGAAGAUCAAGACACUGAAAUUGAAAGACUGAAAUCAGAGAUUGUAGCUGUCAAUAAAACAAGGGAGCGGAUGCGUCCCUACCACAUCAACCAUGAAGAUGAAGAUCCUGACAUCAAGAAAAUCAAGAAGGUUCAGAGCUUUAUGCGUGGUUGGCUGUGCAGAAGAAAGUGGAAGACAAUUGUUCAAGAUUACAUAUGUUCACCACAUGCAGAAAGCAUGAGGAAAAGGAAUCAAAUAGUAUUUAACAUGGUUGAGGCCGAGGCAGAGUAUGUACAUCAGCUCUAUAUCCUUGUGAACUGCUUUCUUCGGCCGCUGAGGAUGGCAGCAAGUUCCAAGAAGCCACCUAUCAGUCAUGAUGAUGUGAGCAGCAUUUUCCUCAACAGCGAAACCAUCAUGUUUCUUCAUGAAAUAUUUCACCAGGGUUUGAAAGCCAGAAUUACCAACUGGCCUACUUUAAUUUUAGCUGACUUGUUUGAUAUUCUGCUGCCGAUGUUGAACAUCUACCAAGAAUUUGUUCGGAAUCAUCAAUACAGUCUGCAAGUGCUGGCGAAUUGUAAGCAAAAUCGAGACUUUGACAAACUCCUGAAGCAAUACGAAGCCAAUCCAGCCUGUGAAGGGAGGAUGCUGGAAACUUUCCUCACUUACCCCAUGUUCCAGAUUCCUCGGUACAUUAUAACUCUUCAUGAGCUUCUGGCUCACACUCCUCAUGAGCAUGUAGAAAGGAAGAGUUUAGAGUUUGCUCAGUCCAAAUUGGAGGACCUGUCAAGGGUAAUGCAUGAUGAAGUUAGUGACACAGAGAACAUUAGGAAAAACCUGUCUAUUGAAAGGAUGAUUGUGGAAGGCUGUGAUAUAUUACUAGACACAAGCCAGACAUUCGUACGCCAAGGUACCCUUAUCCAGGUGCCCUCGGUGGAGAGAGGGAAACUAAGUAAAGUACGCCUGGGACCUCUAUCUUUGAAGAGAGAAGGGGAAAGACAAUGCUUUCUGUUCACGAAACAUUUCUUAAUAUGCACUAGAAGCUCAGGGGGAAAACUGCAUUUACUCAAGACAGGUGGGGUUCUCUCUCUAAUAGAGUGUACGCUGAUUGAAGAACCAGAUAUAAAUGAAGAUGACUCAAAGGGGUCUGGAUAUGUGUUUGGUCAUCUGGAUUUUAAAAUUGUGGUGGAAUCGGUAGAUGCAACACCCUUCACUGUUGUCCUUCUGGCUCCUUCUCGUCAAGAAAAAGCUGCUUGGACCAGUGACAUUAGUCAGUGUAUUGAGAAUAUUAGAUGCAAUGGCCUGAUGAGCAAUGUGUUCGAGGAGAACUCUAAGGUUACAGUUCCACACAUGAUCAGAUCGGACGCAAGACUGCAUAAAGAUGAUGUAGAUAUCUGUUUUAGUAAAACCCUGAACUCCUGCAAGGUCCCUCAGAUCCGCUAUGCCAGUGUGGAGCGUCUUCUGGAGAGAUUGACUGACUUACGCUUCCUCAGCAUCGAUUUCCUCAACACCUUCCUGCAUACCUACAGGAUAUUUACCACGGCCUUUGUGGUGCUAGAAAAACUGGCUGAUACCUACAAGAGACCUUUCACAUCAAUUCCAGUCAGGUCUCUAGAACUCUUUUGUGCUUCCAGUCAAAGCCUGAGUGAUGGGAAGUCACCACAUAUCUGUCGCAAGUUUUCUUCUCCGCCUCCCUUAUCGCUCUCUAGGACAUCAUCACCUGUCAGAGCGAGGAAGUUAUCUCUGAACUCUCCACUGAACUCUAGGAUUGGAGCCUUGGACUUAUCUACAUCAUCCAGUGCCAGCAGUCCAACUUCCAUAUUUAGCCCAGCCACCUCCCCACCUCCCAGCACUAAUAAAGUACCUCUAGACCUCAGCAAAGGACUCUCCUCACCAGAGCAAAGUCCAGGAGCAAUUGAUGAGAAUUCAGAAAAUCCUCGCAUUGAUCUAUGUAACAAGCUACGAAGGAGUAUCCGUCGAGCUGCAGUUUUAGAAUCUGUGUCACUCGACAGGAGCAUUCCUGAAAGCAGUACCUCCACAGAUACUGCAGAAAACUCUCCCUGCCGUUCCCCAUCAACUCCACGUCACCUCCGGUACCGGCCAGCAGGAGUGCAGACCUCUGACACAUCUCGUUGCUGUUCUGUCUCUCCUGCCUCUGCUUUUGCCAUUGCUACUGCAGCAGCUGGACACGGAAGUCCGCCAGGUUUUAACAACAUGGAGAGGAUGUGCGACAAAGAGUUUAUAAUACGCCGAGCAGCUACAAACCGUGUGCUGAAUGUUCUGCGUCACUGGGUAUCAAAGCAUUCACAGGAUUUUGAUCUCUAUCGUGAAGUAAAGAUGAUUGUAGUGAAUUUGUUGGAAGAUGUGUUGCGUGACCCUGAUCUCCUACCCCAGGAAAGGAAAGCUGCAAGUAACAUAUUAAGUGGCCUUUCUCAAGAUGAACAAGAUGACUGCCAUCUGUCUAUGGAGGACAUAUUUGUACUGUCAGAGGGUCCCCACACAGAAUAUCUGGAUACUCUGUCAGCAAUGGAAUUAGCUGAGCAGAUCACUCUACUGGAUCAUAUAGUAUUUCGGAGUAUACCAUACCAAGAGUUUCUUGGUCAGGGCUGGAUGAAACCAGAUAAGAGUGACCGGACUCCGUAUAUCAUGAAAACCAGCCAGCAUUUCAAUGAUAUGAGUAACCUUGUAGCCUCAGAAAUUAUGAGCCACCUUGAUGUUAACUCUAGAGCCAGUACCAUUGAGAAGUGGGUGGUGGUAGCUGAUAUCUGCCGAUGCAUGCACAACUACAAUGGAGUGCUGGAAAUCACCUCGGCAUUGAACAGAAGUGCAAUCUAUCGACUCAAGAAGACCUGGGCCAAAGUGUCUAAACAGACAAAAGCACUUAUGGACAAACUUCAAAAGACUGUCUCAUCGGAAGGAAGAUUUAAAAACCUCAGAGAAACUCUCAAGAAUUGUAAUCCACCUUCUGUACCCUACCUGGGAAUGUACCUUACUGACCUGGCAUUUAUCGAAGAAGGCACGCCCAAUUUUACAGAGGAAGGCCUUGUAAACUUUUCAAAAAUGAGAAUGAUAUCCCAUAUCAUUAGAGAAAUCCGGCAGUUCCAGCAGACGCCAUACCGAAUAGAGCACCAACCAAAGGUCACCCAGUUCCUGUUGAACAAAUCUCGCAUCUUGGAUGAAGAUACCCUCUAUGAAUUAUCCUUAAAAAUUGAACCAAGGCUCCCAGCAUGAAGAGUUUUAAUUAGUGUUUCUUGAGGCAACUCAGUGCUUUCACUUCACCAACCGAAUUAUGCAUGCCAUGCCUAGCGGAGAGCAGGGGAGUGACACCCUUUCAGUGGAAGCUGACAGUGCCGCGGGCACUUUAAAACAAAGACGUAAGAACAGGACUCAGACAAAUGGUAUUGUCUGCGUGCAUUGUGCUAGUCACUCUAAGAGGAUCCCAUCAGAACAUGAAGCUGCAAUGAAGAAGCAAUGUUGAAUGUCUGAAGUCAAAAGAGUGCAGAAGGCUUGAAAAGCAUCCACUGUGCCAGUUUUUAUAAGUAACAUCUGUUAAUUACAGAACGAGCACAGCGUAUCUAUGGGGCGAGAGUUGUGACUAGUCAAGUGACAUUGUCUUUCUGUAGUGUAAUACAGACUGCCAUUGAAAUAACAAGGUUCAUUCUCUGCAUGGUGGAGUAUAUUACCAUAACGACAUAAUGAGGAGACAAUGGAGUCACAGAUGCUACAUUCACCAGUGCAACACUUGUUAUCAGCAUCUCAAGAGAGAACAACUUCAUCGACUUCAUCCAUUGUACCUUCUGUACAUAUGUGAUCAGUGCUGCACCUGUUGUUUGUGAUUUUUUACUUUUAUGCACUGAGCAUCACAGCUCUGUUUUUGGAUGCAUCUACUACUGAUAAUGUGAAUAUUGGGAAUGACUACAUACUGCUUGGCUUGCCUAGAUGUACUAGCGAUGUGUGUCAUUUCCACUGCAUGCCGUGAUAUUACACCUGAAAGUGUCUUCCCACCUACCUGCAAGGAGACAGGGACAGGAAGUGCUUACCAAAUCCUGUUAGGAACCUGUCAGGAUUU